CUUCCGGUUCCAAGUUUCACGGUCUCGAGACCUUUCGCGUUGAAGGUAACAAAAAUGCAUCGAAUUUAUCUAUUAAUGGCUGAUAAAGGAUAAUUUUAUGCCGCUUUAAUCGUGUGUCAGUGAAAAGAGAGCAAAAUGGUUUCAAUGCUACGGGUUUGUCUCGUUCUGUAUUUGACUUUGGUGGUUGGGAUUUUCGCCGAUAAUGCUACUCCACCGCCAAUCAAAAAGGUUACGGCGAAGCCAACUGAGGCGCCGAAGACCACAACAACAUCACCUUCCCCGUCACCGACGACAACUCCAGUGGCUAGUAAUGGAAAUGAAACCAUUGGAAAUGCUAGCCUCAGUAACACCACCCAGGUGAACACCACUGUGACCAGCACCACUCUGGCCACCACCAGCACCACUAAGGCCAUGGUGGCGCCACUGCCCGCCAAAGGGGCAGCCGAGGAGGAGCACCACAGUAGCAUGACCAUUUUCUUUGUACUUUCUGUGAUUGCACUCUGUGUUUUGAUCAUCCAUGUUUUGCUCAAGUUUAAUUUCACAUAUCUACCCGAGAGUAUAGCCAUAGUCAUAGUUGGAACAAUUCUUGGUGGAAUCCUGAAGUUAUUUUCUAGUUAUGGUAUUGGGAAUUGGCAGAGCGAAGAGGCUUUUGAUCCUACUAUGUUCUUCUUGAUUCUUCUGCCUCCUAUUAUAUUUGAGUCUGGUUAUAACUUGCACAAGGGUAAUUUUUUCCAAAACUUUGGCUCCAUUUUGGUAUUUGCUGUGAUAGGGACAUUUAUCUCUGCCAUGAUCAUUGGAGGUGGGGUCUACUUACUGGGACUGGCACAGGUAGCUUACAAGUUAAGUCUGGUGGAAAGUUUUGCAUUUGGUUCCUUGAUUAGUGCUGUGGAUCCCGUUGCCACGCUGGCAAUAUUCCACGCGCUGGAUGUGGACCCCGUGUUGUACAUGUUGGUGUUUGGAGAGAGCGUGUUGAACGACGCAGUGUCCAUUGUGCUCACUACAACUGUCUUAGAACUGGCUAGCCCCAGCGCUUCCGCCAUGUCUGGUGCCGAGGCUUUCUUCUCCACUGUGUGGAGGUUCUGUUCCAUGUUCGUAGCAUCUGCCGUCAUUGGCACAGCUUUUGGGCUCGUUAGUGCAAUGUUAUUAAAAUUUGUUGACCUGAGAAAGACUCCAUCCCUGGAGUUUGGUUUGAUGCUGGUGUUUUCUUAUUUACCUUACGGACUGGCAGAGGGACUGAAAUUAUCAGGCAUCAUGGCUAUCUUAUUUGCUGGUAUUGUGAUGUCUCACUACACCCAUCUUAACCUGUCUCCUGUCACCCAGAUCACCACACAGCAGACCUUCAGAACUGUGGCUUUCAUGGCAGAAACCUGUGUGUUUGCCUACCUGGGGCUGGCUAUUUCCAGUUAUUCACAUAUUGUCAAACCAUCCUUUGUUAUUUGGAGCAUUGUGUUAUGUUUAGUGGGACGAGCAUGUAACAUAUUUCCCUUGUCAUUUGUCAUGAACUACUUCAGAGAGCAUAAAAUUACACGGAAAAACCAGUUUAUUAUGUGGUUCAGUGGUUUACGAGGAGCCAUUGCAUUUGCCCUGAGCCUUCAUCUAGAGUUCACAUCAGAAGUGCGCCAUGUUCUCCUGACGACAACUCUCAUUAUUGUUCUGUUUACAUUGAUGGUGCUAGGGGGAGCCACAUUGCCCCUUCUCAAGUUACUUAAGGCAGAAAAAAGGAAGAAGACGAAGCCAGGCCGAGAGCUGAACCUUAGCAAAACAAAAGAAAUGGGUGACACAAUAGACACAGAUCAUUUAUCAGAGCUAACAGAUAUGGAAGAUGAAGUGAAUUAUGUGAAACCACAUCUGAAAGGCUUUAUGAAAAUAGACGCCAAGUAUUUAGUGCCCUUUUUAACAAGAAGAUUAACAAAGGAGGACAUAAAGGAGGGUCACAUUCAGAUAAAGCAGUUGACUAGUAAGUGGUGCCAAGAACCAGGCAUCCUCAGUGAUGAGGAGGAGGAGGAAUCUGAUGCUGACUCCACAAAUAUAGAUGGCGCCUCUGUCAGCUACCCAUUAACUAGCCCAGUGCAGCCUACUAAUAUUACUAGUACUGCUAUUAUUGAAGUACAGACCACAGCAGAUGAAGAGCUACGUGAUGGCACCAACCAGAUGAAGACAUUGACCAAUCAGUGGUACCAGGAAGUCAGGGCAGUUCCAUCAGAGGACGAGGAAGAUGAAGAAAUGCAAAAUCUCACAGCACAGGAAAUCCGAUAGAUUUUCGACCAAGUUUUGUCAUGGAUGCUGUCAUCGCAGGCCCAUGUUUAAAAACUUUUUACGCAGGCAUUCAUCCUUUUAGACAUCUCAAAGAGAUGUAACCUAGGACUUUAUAAGUUGAAUUGCAGACAAUAUCCAAGCAUCUUGAUAGAUCAGGAAUGUUGCAAUUUAAAAAAACUACAAUUUUUGUCUAGUUUUCUUUCAAAGAACAGGUUUGAGGUUGUGACGUUUCCUUGUAAAUAGCAUACAACUAUGUCAUUUUGUAGCUUUGACUGUCACCACACCCAGUAUAUUGUAAACAGAGAUGAAAAUGGUGUAUGGCAUGGCAUAGUAUAUGGAUUUUAACUGUUACUGUUAAAGUGUUGAACUACACCAGCUACAUAAGUCAUUUUUAUAUUCACAUUUUUUUUAUUUUCAAGCAACGAUUGUUUUGGUUCUUUCUAUCUUCAGUGUUUUAGGAAGGAGAGGAAGAUUAUAUCAUAUACUCAGUGGAUUGUGGAUAACCAAAUUAUAUUGUAUUUCAACAACAACAAAGUUUUCCCCACUGCUACCUUUAUGUUCUUCAUCCCAUUGUGAAUGAUAUUAUCCAAUUCUGAUAAAAUAUUUUUUUUAUGUAUCUUGGCUGUAGGUGAGAAAUCUUCAUCAAGUACAUGACUUAGUGUAUUUAAACGGAAAAAUGGGUAAAUUUAUCUACAGGUGUGUUAGAAUUCAUGGCACUCUGAAUCUUAUAUAUAAAAUACCCGUUAAUAAGUCAGAGAAUGUAGGAAUAUAUUUUUAGGUGUUGUACAAAGUCUGCGAUACAUUGGGGAACUCAGUUUACAUCUGACAGGUAAUUGAUCAUAAUGAACAUCACAGAAAACACAAUGGAGAGAAUUAUCUGAGUACUAUUCUUAUAUGUAUUUUAUAGACGAGUUUUUAAAAUUGUUUAUUAGCAGAUAGUUCUUCUAAGCUGCAGACUCAAAGUUUAAAAUUAUUUAUUUAUUUAUUUUUGUGCUAAGUGUAGCUCUGCACGUCUAUCAUAGAUAUUCAGUAUCUUCACUAUACACUAUAUGUUACCUUAGUGUGUGCUGGAUUCCCAUAUAAUUGUAGAAACUUUGGUACAACAAUACAUGACUUGAAAUUGUUUUCAGAACUGUUGACAUAUAUCAUUUGCUACCAUGUAGCACUUAAUUUAGUUUUAUCUCGUAUUAGGCAUGAUAUUUGAACUGAUAUUUGAGCAUAUUUAAAAAAUGGUCCAAAGAAGAAAAAAGAUUGUUAAAAGUACAG